AUGGCAGAAACUCGAGAGCUCAAGAAGAUCAUGAAGGAACCCGCCGUUGCUUUUGGCGGUUUUGCUGCCCUGCUUCUCCAAAUUGCGCACCCUAGUGUUGGUCGCGGUGUUGCCAAUCAUAGCGACUUUGCCUAUCGUGCCCUUGAUCGCGCAGACAACACGGGCAUUUAUAUCUACACGAUGGUCUUUGGCACAGAGGAAGAGAAAGCGGCCAUGAGACACUGGGUGAACCAAGCCCAUGUCCCUGUCAAAGGAGGCUCUGGAGCCACAGCGUACAGUGCAAAGGAUCCUCGUCUGCAGCUAUGGGUUGCGGCCACCAUCUACGUCGGAAUGAUCGGAGGCUACGAAAUGGCAUAUGGGCCCAUCUCACCUGCGAUAGCGGAGCGCGUGUACCAAGAGUUCUCGAUCAUGGCCACAUCUCUUCAAUGUCCUCCUGAAAUGUGGCCGAAAGAUCGUGCCGCUUUCAGGAAAUACUAUAACGACGUGGUCGAAAACGAGCUUGUGGUACUUCCGGAGGCCAAAAAGGUCCUUUAUGACCUCUUCAAGCCAAAAGGACUUCCCAUUUUUCUGCGACCUAUCUUUCCCAUCGCCCUCUACUUCGCCAAAUGCAUUACGAUCGAACAGCUCCCACCUCAACUCCGAGAUGGCUUUGGAUUGAACCGAACCAAAACGUCAAAGUUUUCCAGCAACGCGAGCAUCGCCGUCUUCCUCGCCAUAAACCCUAUUAUCCCAUCUUUUAUUAGACAUGCGCCAAAGAACUAUUACAUGUGGAAGAUGAGGCGCAUGAUAAAGAAGAAAGGUCUUGUUAAGGCAGUGCAAGCUUGA